UACUAUAGAACAUUAUUAGUAAUUAUGUUCUUAAAAAAAGUAUUUACUUUGAUAUUUAUACGCAAAGAUGUUGAAAUACUUUUAGGAUUGAAAAAACGAGGUUUUGGUAAAGACAAGUGGAAUGGUUUCGGAGGCAAAUUAGAACACAAUGAAACAAUUAAAGAGGCUGCAGUACGUGAGUUGAGAGAAGAAUGUUGUUUAUGUGUCCGAACAACAGAUUUAGAGAACAUUGGUCAUUUAGAAUUUACAUUUGAAGGUGAUUCAACAGUGAUGGAUGUCAAUGUUUUCGCCUCUAAAGUUUUCGAAGGUACACCAGCAGAAACUGAAGAAAUGAUUCCAAAAUGGUAUAACUGCAAGGCAAUACCAUUCGACGAUAUGUGGCCGGAUGACAGAUUUUGGUUCCCAUACAUGCUAAGUGACAAGUUGUUUUAUGGAAAAUUCCACUAUCAAGGCUUUGACAGAAUUUUGAAUUAUAAAAUAGAGGAAUUACAAUCCAUGGAAUCAUUUUAUGCUAAUAGAAAUGAUUAAAUAUAGUUACUGUAAGUUAUUUGUUGUAGAUUAAACAAUUGUAUUACAGAAAUAUAAUUUACAACAGUUUUUAGAGUUACAUCAAAUAUGGCACAUAAUUGGAAGCUUGAAUGCUUGAAGUAAAGUCUCUGUCAAGUCAGCAUUAUCUUGUGAAGUUAAUUUUAAAGAUAAUACUUUAAGUAUAACACUAAUUAUGAGUACAAUAAUUGUCAUGCAUAAACUUGUAAGAAUUAAAUGUUUUAUAGUAAUAAAAUGAUUUUAAGUAGCAA